GUUUCACCAGAAAUAUCCUCACUUCGUGAGACUGCUCCCUCUAUCCUAUUGUCACAUAUCUCUAAUUCGAAUGAUGAGGACGAGAAUAAGAAUAACAGUAUAAAUACGAUGCUUUCUGAUGACGAUGAAUAUGCAGGCUACUAUUAUGAUUUAGCUAGCAAAAAUAAAACAGAGAUAAGCAAGGAAGUUUCACGAACUUCAAGUGUCUCACAGAAAUAUGAGAAGCAAACUCUACCAUCUAGAAGAAUAAAUGGCGAUGUUUCUUCUAAUUCAGAUACUUCAAACAGUAUUUCAAGUAAUUAUUCUAUAUCUACUUCGGAAAUAGAAGUUAUAUAUAAGACUGAAGCAGUAAGAAAAUAUCCUAUUCUAAAGCGUAAAGAUGGUAUUAUUAAGGGUAAAAAAAUUAUAGAACUAGGGCUAUGCUCUGAAUGUGACAAUGAUAUUUUAAUAUCUCCUCUCAAAGCAUUCACAUAUCUAGCAUGCGAAUACCUUUUUCAUAGACUCUGUAUUGAAAAAAAGCUUUUACUUACUGUUCCAAACAUAUGUCCAUUCCUAGAUUGUAGAAAGAAUGUGGAAAUAUUAGAUCAAGCCAAUCUCCUUGGCACUGUUUCCAAUUUGCCAUUAACUAAUCCCAAGGAGGCCUCCCAAUCAACUGGAAUUUCACUUUUGAUGGGUGAAACAUUUGUCUUAUCAUCACUACUUAUAUGGAUACCACCUAUACGGAUGGAAGGGAUCGAGAAUACAGCAACCCAACAAGUCAAAAGUAAUUUGAGGUAUGCCAAAUGUUCUGAAGAUCUUUCUUCAUGUCUCCUACCUAUAGGCUUUCUUCAGUUCUCACUCCAACUUCAAAGCCUCUUGAAACUACUCAUAUACUUAACCUGCAAACAUAUUAUCCAUUACAAUUGUAUCGAUAAUCAACAAAAACUAUGUCCUAUAUGUCCAUCAACUAAUAUGGAACUGGAAGAGGAAGAAGAAAUGAGUAUUGAUGGUGAAGAACAACCUAAUACCAGCAGUAAAAAACGUUCUAAUGAAGGUACGGACGUCAACUCAUCUUCACCCAAGAAGAACACAAAGAAAGCAGUUAGAAAAGAAGAUUCGUCUAUUUUGAAAAAGCUUAUCAAGGAAUUGUCCGCUCUAAUUCUACAGCAAAGUUCUUCUGGUAGUAUUAUUUCUCUACAGACAUUCCCCGAUAUGGAUAUUAGCUCAGUUAAUUUUCGUAAACUAGAUAAUAAGAUCAUCAAUGCUGAAGAUG